ACGAGAUGGCGCAGCAGCCUGUAGUGGCGAAAGAUCUUCAGCAAACGGGGAUGACCGUGCGCACGGCAACGACACCGCAAGAAGCCGCACUGCGACUGAAUUCUCCGUUGCUCCCCAGCACAACUUACAGGAAUGCUCCGGCUUUUGGAAUCCCCCGGACUGACAGCCGCAGCAGCGUAGCGAGCAGUCUGCCUAGUAGCGCUUCGUGCGGUAGUCUGGUGAGCGAACCGGAAGAAAACCUUGACGAUGUACUCGUUUUCGGGCGCCGCCUCGGAAGUAAAUCACCCGCCCCGUGUACUACUAGUGGCACUGCUGGUGUCGUCCUCGAGCCUGCUGCAACGUUCGGCGGGACACCGUUGAUCAAAAGCGAGCCGACGCUGAGUUCAUCUACUUCUGCAGGCGUGCUGUUGAACACAGUGGAGCAUGACGACGCGGCCUCUGUCGCCUCCAUGUCAACAACCACGGGAGGUCCGACGUUGAGCAGCACCUUCAGCUCUCCACACUCCUCUUUCACGUCGCCCACGUCGCGGCCCUCGGAGAAGAACAGCAGCAUGAUUACUAGACUCAACACCACAGGAGCAGUUCGCCGCGGCACGACAGUACCCAGAAACCAAACUAAUCCGCUUCAGGAACCGGACUCACCGUCCGCCUUCGUUUUGCAAGAACCUGGUGCCUCACCGUCCGCCUCACCUUCUGCCUCUCCGUCGCCGGAAACAGACGAGGAGGCAGCUGUUGCGGACACAACUUCUCUCAAAAAUCGUGUGGAACGGACACGACAAAAAGCCGUAGCCGACGAGGAGCCCCGUGGUCCCGCCCGGGUCAACGUUUCACGAUCCACAGUCCAGCUCCCCCCUGCUUCAGAGUACAGCAACACCAAGGAUCCCACGUACAUGCAUUGCAUGGAAGCGUACCACGGCAUUAUUCCGCCGAUCGAGGACGAGAACGAUCUGCGGGGGUCCUACGCCAACCCGGGGUACAUCACCGUGAACCCGUUUGGACUUUUCGCUUGUGGCGGCUGGCAUUUCAAGCGCGUAGUCAAGGUCUUGGACCGCAGCUUCACGAAGGGCUUCAAAAUGCAGGUGCCCAUGAUAGAGACUGCGGAAGAAGCAGACAAUUCCAACGAGUUCGCACCGGAACUGCGCGCGAUGCUCGAGCCGGAGAUGCUCGCGGCGGUGCCCGACUUGAGAGCUGCACGUGGUACGUAUCAUGCGUCUAGUACUUCGCACCGCGGACCGACGUCGCCAAGUUCAUGCCAACUGUCGUCCGAAAGUCUGGCUUCCAGCACGCGAGGAUUAUACGAGGACAAAAACAUCAGCAACGAUGUCGGCGCAAGUCUCAAGAAUCCCUGGGGAACAAGAAGUUCUAGUACUGCCGGAGCACCAGUUGGCGGGGUUCCUCUUGUUCCUGCACAGUUGUACCAGUCUAGUUGUACUUCGAGCACGAAUUCCAGUCCCCGUGGCGGCUCUUCGGAAGAAAGUUUCCAGCAGUCUGCGGCGUUCGACCGCGUGUUAUCCCCAAUUUGCGAGUACGCCGAGCGGAGCACGGACUCUCUCCUGCAAAGUAGCCAAGAAGUUCGUAGUACUUCUUCCCCCCAAGAAGGACAAGGGCGUCGCGGUGGCUCUUUCCCCUCUUCUCCGCGUAGUUCUACUAGUCCCUCGCAGGGAGCAGAACGGGGUGACAAGCGAAAUAGUACUCCGUCGGGAUUAUUGCGUCUCCAGCAGUUGUCGAACAGAGGCGAUAGUGACGGCGGCGAGAGCACCAGCGAAAAGAUUGCUGAAAAGAGCACCGCGUGCAAUCCCACGACCCCUGAGCGAAAACAAAGAUGGAUGGAAGACGGGCAGUACAUGAACACUCCUGCGCUCGAAUGCCCCUUCCCCGCCCGGGCAGUAGAGCCUGCACGAAUAGAGUUUGAUCUUAGUUGGGAGGAGCACGAUGUGCUGCCGCGUAGUGAAGAAACUGUAAGAUAUGCUGGUCUUGGUCCGAGAACUAUUAUGCCGGACGACCACGCCGCAAUCUCCUUGAGGGCCGCCGAAGUGCCUGCUUUAGAACCUGUCGACCAAAGCGCGUCGUCAGAGAGCCCGCAAGUGAGCCCAAGAACGACCACAUCCGGAGGGGCGGGCACUAGUACUUUAUUUCGGAAAAAGCCGUCCAUUAGGCGGCAAGUCGUGAGCUGUCCAAGCAGAAUUUUCGAAACGGGGGGCUCCGUGAGCCGCGGGGCGAGAGGGGGCGGAAGUGGAUCUGUAUCUUCGUUGUUUUCUAACAGUUCCUUGCUCACCAACGUGACCACUACGUUCAACGAGUGCAGUUCGCGAUCGCCUUUCUUUGCGCGCCAAGACUUUCAGCCCUACUACCAACCGCUCGCCGUCGCGCCUCCGCCAUUCGAUUUCGGAGGCGUAGUGGGUUUGACGGGAGUACAGCAACCUCCUUCAUCUAUGCCAUCAACCGAGGAAAGUCUUGCAGAGAGUGGCACGAGUCGUGGCCCGCCGGAGCUCUUGACCGGAGCCAGUGCGAGUGUAGUUGAUGGAAAUACAGCAGAGGACUUCUUGCUUGACAACACCGGGGUAAGAAAUGAUGAACGUAAGAAAAGCAGCCCUGGCGUUCGUCUCGCGACGGAACAAAGCUUUCUCGAAACGCUCCCCGAUGCAGUCGUUGACGAACUGAUCCUGAACACUCCUCAUCCAGAGCGGCGUCGGUUUCAAAGUCAGUCUACCGGCACGCCGUUGUCUUCCCCUCGUGACGAUCCUCCGUCCCCGUCGUCAGCGAAUGGUGCGCGAGGAUUGGCGUUUCCGUUUAUUUUCGAUGGAAACACAAAUACUAAACGGAGGUCACCUCCUCCGCCACCGCUUCUUUUGUCUUCGUUGCCCACCUCUCCGACCCCUUCCGACGCGACCGUGGACGACGCGAUGACAGCUGGGGAGCAGUUUGGGCAUUUGUUGUCAGGACGAGGAGGCGGAGGAAUCCGAGCAGUACCUCACCUCGACCCGACCGGCGCUGUUUCAUCCGGGCCAACUUCCUCGCGGUGUCCUAGCCCGUGCUCUGAUGCGUCCGCGUCGAGCAGUCACCACGUCGCACCGUCGGGUCCUGGAGAAGAUCAUAGCGAACCACCUGUACUAGAAGUCGCACCCGUAGAUAAAGAACAAUCACCAGCCUCCUCGCCGGAAGCAGGAGGAGAAAAUGGUCCUCCACUGAAAGAUACUACAGCUUCUAGCUCUAGACAUCAGAAAAAAACUACGUAUCAAAUUCCGGUGCUGAUGACAAGCCCAGUCUGGUUUCCAUUUAACGACGAGAAAUCCUACCAUGUUCUGCAGCACAACUGCAAUCACUUCUCCGAGUCCAUGCUCGUGGUGCUUUUGGUGAUGGAAGCCGUGGAGAAAGCGAAAACACUGAAUAAUUUCUCUGAAGACCAAAGAGACGAAGAUCAAGAUCUGCUGGCGCGGGAAAAAGAACCUGAUCCCUCAAAAAAUGCGGCGCAAAUUAUGGAAGAAGUGGCUGCGGCCCGGGACAACUACCGCAUGGAGAAGGAGAAGCAGGUAGCGCACGAGAUCCGUGUGCUUUUGCACCGCGCACUGAUUCUGAAAUUGCUUUACUCGUCGUUUUCCCCCGACCAGGAGUCGUUCCACCUGGCGAAGCGGAUACGCCCCCUGUUUCCCUUUCUGGACAGUAAAGUAUCGCCGCUGGUCGCCGAGCAGGCUCUGCGGAAUCCAGAAAACUGCGGCCUCCACUUCGUUCGACCCGUGCUCAAGGAGCUAUUUCGGGCACUGCGGCACGAGAUCGCGCUGGUGUCCUCUCCCGGGAGGGUACGGGGGACGGACGAACAAAGCGGUCGCAGACCAGCAGACUGUGACCUGUUGGAGCAGCAGUAUUCUUUUCCGCCUCCGUGGCAGCAACAGCAGGAGGAGCUGCUCAAGUUUACCCAAGACGUCGCCGCGAGGCUGGUGUAA